ACGUUUCUAUUAAUACCAAAUUGCAGAGUUUGUCCUGGGAAUUUAACAGGAGCAGAUAUCCUUUUCUUCCCCCCUGUGUUGCUCAGGGUGUUAUUGUUGCCAGUCGCUCCUUCUAUCCCUACACCUUGACGUUCGUUAGACAGCAUAGUAUUUUCUCUUCGCUAGGGUGAAUACUACCCAUCUUUCAACUUUGAUCCACUAUGAAGCUUUCGCUCGCUGUGGGAGCGGCACUGUUGGGCGCCGCGUUGGCCGACGUUGACCCCAUCGUCAUCAAGGGCUCCAAAUUCUUCUACUCGAGUAACAACACUCAGUUCUAUAUCCGUGGUGUUGCAUACCAACAGGACUACUCUAGCAACGGCACGACCAAUGGUUCUACGAGCUACAAGGACCCCUUGGCUGAUGCCACGGCCUGCAAGCGUGAUGUGCCAAUCAUGCAGGAACUGCGGACCAACACCAUUCGGGUCUACGCUAUCGACCCAACCGCGAACCACACCGAAUGCAUGCAGUUGUUGUCCGAUGCAGGCAUCUACGUGAUCUCGGACCUGUCCGAUCCCAGCCAAUCCAUCAACCGCGACGAUCCCACCUGGGAGACAACGCUCUACUCUCGCUACACCGCAGUCAUUGAUGAGCUGGCUCAGUAUGACAAUACUUUCGGUUUCUUUGCGGGUAACGAAGUCUCCAACACGGUUGACACUACUGAUGCGAGCGCGUUUGUCAAGGCAGCGGUCCGAGACAUGAAGACUUACAUCAAGCAAAAGGGCUACCGCACCAUGGGUGUUGGAUACGCUACCAAUGAUGACUCUACUAUCCGUGUGCAUAUGGCCAACUACUUUAACUGUGAAUCUGAAGAAAACAGUAUCGACUUCUGGGGUUAUAACAUCUACUCCUGGUGUGGUGACUCAUCGUACUCGGCCUCUGGCUACAAGGACCGCACAGAGGAGUUCGCCAACUACUCUGUUCCUGUUUUCUUCGCCGAGUAUGGUUGUAACGAAGUUCAGCCUCGUCAGUUCACCGAAGUCGAUGCCCUGUAUGGUGACAACAUGAACAGCGUAUGGUCGGGUGGUAUUGUCUACAUGUACUUCCAAGAAACCAACGAUUACGGCCUUGUUUCCAUCGUCGACAGCACCAGCGUCAGCAAACUGGCCGAUUUCACUUCUUACUCCAAGCACAUCGCGAGCGCCACCCCCUCCGGCGUGAACAAGGCCUCCUACACCCCCACCAACACUGCCCUGCAAAGCUGCCCUGCUGUCAACACCGCCUGGGAAGCCACCUAUACCCCCUUACCCCCAACCCCCAAUGAGAAUCUGUGCGGCUGCAUGAACGCCGCCGCAGGCUGUGUCGUGAAGGACUCCGUCGAUAGCGACGACUAUGCCGACCUGUUCUCCCUGAUCUGCGGCUACACCGCCUGCACAGGUGUCUCUCGCAACGGUACAACCGGAAGCUACGGCGCCUACGGCAUGUGCAGCCCCAAGCAGCAGCUGAACUUCCUGCUUAACAAGUACUAUAUGGAGCAGGACUCGGCUGCCUCGGCCUGCAGUUUCGGCGGGUCCGCCACGGUGACCUCUACCACUAAGGCGACCGGCACUUGUGCCAACCUGAUGAGCCAGGCUGGUACCGCCGGCACCGGUACUGUGACCUCUCAGCCUACUGGUACUUCGGGAUCGGGCUCGUCUGCCUCCUCUUCCACCUCGUCUGGCCUGGCACCGACCACCGGUAGCACUAUGGUGACUGUUGGACCUGUUCAGUUCGUCGCUUACAUUGUGACUGCUGUAUGUAGUGCUUUGUUUAUGAUUAUGCUGUAGAUACGUCUGUAUUAGGGGUGUGGGCUUGGUGGUACACUCACUUUAGUUGCUCAUUCGUUUUUCUUGUAUAAUAGAUCGUUUACUAUUAGUAAAUAUAUCUAGCAAUCUUCUAUAUACAAUUGAUAAGG